AUGUCAAAGCGUGACUCAGGCGACAAUAUUGGCGCUAAUGCUUUUGUUGCGAACCGCGGGAAUGAUGAUGAUACGACGAAAUUGAAGGACUAUUUUGAUCACCAGCCGUAUCAAGAGGACGAGUUGUUCGCUGAUGAAUCGGGUUUGAAGCCGUGGUGGACUUCAAAUUUUCUCCUUCGACAACCAACGUUGUUCGGUGCUUGGGACGGUGUUUUCACCUCGUGCUUGAUUAACAUUUUGGGAGUCAUCGUUUUCCUCAGAUCGGGAUGGAUUGUAGCUGAGGCUGGGCUAUGGAUGUCAACGCUGAUAGUCACAGUUUCUGUGCUUGUCAUCUUGACAUCUGUACUAUCUGCAAUCGCGAUUUGUGAGAUGGGAAGCGUUGGUAGUGGAGGAGUGUAUUCCGUACUAUCCAGCACUCUGGGUUCCCGUGUUGGAGGGGCUUUUGGGUUGCUUUACUGCUUUGGUAACGCGGUAGAAGGAGCCCUUCAUGCAGCUGGUUUUGGGGAAUCAAUCGCGGAACUAUUCGUCAUCAAAAAUCCUUGGAUAGAAACCGUGUUCGGGAUUGGGUUGAUUCUCUUUCUGGUCAUCAUCAACAUUGCAGGAGUCCAGUGGGUAAUGAAGUUCCAGUUCUUUUUGCUCCUUGGGUUGCUGCUGGCUGUUGGAGAUUUUCUCGUGGGAAGUCUGCUUGAAGUGCAUCCAGAGGUCGGUAUCACUGGGUGGUCCACCGAAACCUUCUGGAAUAACACAUCUCCGAUGUACAGCAAUGGAAGUGACUGGUUUUCAGUCUUCGGUGUUUUUUUCCCCACUGUCACUGGAAUUUUGGCUGGUGUUAAUAUGGCGGGAGACUUGAAGCAGCCAGCAAAGGACAUUCCUGUCGGAACACUGUCGGCCGUUUGUUUUAGUUUCCUGGUUUACCUGACUUGUAUUUGGAUCUUGGGAUGGACUUGUGACAGAUCUGCGCUGCAAAUUGAUUUCUUGAUCAUGGAAAAAGAAGCUUUCUUCGGGAUAUUCGUGCUCAUUGGACUUUACGUGUCAUCAGUGUCAACGUGUCUCGGAGUGUUGUAUGGCACUCCGCGGGUUCUCCAAAGCAUUGCAGGACAGAAAAUAGUUCCGGUGCUACAGCCAUUGGAAAAAGGGCGAGGUCCGAACAAUGUUCCUGUUUUGGCUGUCCUCGUCGUGGGUGCAGUUACGCUUGUUUUUGUGCUAAUUGGACAGAUCAACCGCCUCGCACCGAUUGUGACGUUGCCUUUCUUGCUGACAUAUGCGGGAAUUGAUUAUGCACAUUUCGCAUUGGUGCAAGCGAGGCUACUGAAUAUCUCUUCUGCGCAAUUCGCUGCCUCUAAGGACCGAAAACCGCCGAGUGGACUACUUCAGAGCCCAACCUUUUUGCAGCCGACAGAAGAGGGUUCAUAUUCUCCCCAACUGGGUUUGGAUCCUGAAUUUUCUGGUGAAAUUCUGUCGCAGCCGAAGUCGUGCUAUUCGGUUUUCUGCAAUCAUUAUGUCUCUCUGUUCGCCUGUGCCCUGAAGGUGAUGAUGGUUUUGCUGGUGCAUUGGAUAUACGGCUUGGCCUUCCUUGCAAUUUUGGGCUCGUUGUAUUUGUACAUCGGAAGAUGUUCGCAAACGUAUUCACCGGGAUUGGCACACGAAUUUUCCUUCUUUGAAUGGAUUUUUGACUUGGCAUUUUCUCCGGGAAGUGCUGAUGAUCAUGCGAAGUUCUCGUGGCGCAGAUUCUGGAAGAAUCACAGGAAAGAUUAUGAGGAAGUGAUCGUUGGCUCGCAACCGCCGUCACGAGAUCUAUACAGAACCGAGCAAUCUCAAGUGACAGACGUUUCGAAAGACUUCAACUGGCGAAAACCGUAUCAUCAAGCUACUAUGUUGUCGAAUACGGACGUGAGCAGUCAUCAGAGCGAAGUUGGGGAAGAGUAA